AAGCUUUUUUCUGUUUUUAGGAUACAGGAUAAUGAUAGAAAUUCUGUCAGUCCAUGCACUGACAUACAUUCCAUUUUCUUGAGAACGACUGUAUAUUUCUAUUUUUAGAGACCCCAUUAUGUGUUAGGUUGUGACAGGAUACAAUACUUUGGCAGGGAGUCUUACAUCUCUUCUGCACUAUUUCUGAAGAUUCAGGAAACAAAUAGUAUCAGAUGUUUUAAUCAUGUCUGGGUACAAAGAUAACAGGAGAUGGUAAUGGGCAAGUUGCCAUAAAAAGUAAAUAGCUGAAAGUGAAAUGAGGAAGGUAGAUUGAGCAAGCAGCUGAAGAGAGAAUAAUAAUUUGCCAAGAUGCAGAGCAGUAAGAAGAAAGCUAAGGGAGCCUGCAUCUUAGACACUUACCCUGUAUAUUAAACUUAAUGUUUGUAUCAACAGCUCCAUAUGACAGGAAAUGAUCUGGGCGUUUUGGUCAGAUAUUUUGACUGCCCUUAGUUUCAGCCAGCAACUGGCAAAAUGGAUUACACCCCAGAAGGAGACAGAGCUGAAUGUUCCCUCUGGCUUUAGUAAGGAAAGAGCAGAGAUGAAAUCCGUGGACUGUGUGCACGUCAUCCAACAGAAGGGUAUCUCCUCCUCUCCUCCUGCUCUCCCUGGUGCUGGUUUGGGCAGGAAAGGACUCCUCUCGGUCACAUUCCUGUGGCUUGCAAUGCUCCUGUCCUCUUCUCUUGCAGCAGUGUGUCUUUACCACGUUCUCACACUUAAAGCAGAACUAGCAACUCUCCGCAGCGAGCUGAUCUACAGAGUCCAGGCAAGAGCUCCGCUACCCCAGUCCCAGGAUAAGAGUAAAGAGGGUACUGUAUCCUCUUCUUCCUUGCAGUUAUCAGCAGCUGCUGCCAGGCAGGAAAUCAGGCUGCCUGAUUCUGAGGCAGGUGAAGGUGAUGAAGAGAGAGGCUGGAAUGCAGGCAGAAGCAGAGGGAGAAGGUCUGCUCUGCCCACAGAAGAAAUAAUGCUACAGGCCUGUCUGCAAUUGAUUGCUGAUAGCAAAAGUAACAUCCAACAAAAAGAUGACUCAAGCAUUGUUCCAUGGCUUCUUAGCUUUAAAAGAGGAACAGCUCUGGAAGAGCAAGGAAAUAAAAUAUUGGUCAAAGAAGCUGGUUACUUUUUCAUAUAUGGUCAGGUUUUAUAUACAGAUACAACAUUUGCUAUGGGACAUCUAAUACAAAGGAAAAAGGCUCAUGUAUUUGGUGAUGAUCUCAGUUUGGUGACAUUAUUUCGUUGUAUCCAAAACAUGCCUCAUUCUUAUCCUAAUAAUUCUUGCUAUACCGCUGGCAUUGCAAAAUUAGAAGAAGGGGAUGAACUUCAACUUACAAUACCACGGAGAAGGGCCAAAAUAUCAUUGGAUGGAGAUGGCACUUUUUUUGGUGCAGUUCGACUCCUGUGAUACUCUACAGUUUUGCAUCAUGCUUAUCUCUGUUCUCUUUUUUUGUUUUUAUGUAAUUGAAAAAAAAUGGAGAUACAGUUAAGCGGCCAAUUCAAUCUUUUUUUUUUUU